AAACAGCAAAGCAGCUACAAAGAUGCUGAGACUAGAGCACACGCCUGCGUGUUCGAUUGCUGAAUUUCGACCCUAAAUUCUGGACACCAAAACCCUAAUUGAACAGUAAUGGCGGUGGGGGUGCCCUUCUCCGAGCAUCUGGAAUCAUAGUGUAAAUAUUUCUCUGUUAAUCUAUUUCGGCCACCAAACACAAUAAAAUUUCGCUAACUCAAUUUUGGGGUGAUACCAGAAUCUUCUCUUUAGAUUCCUUUCUUAUCAGCUUUGCUAUUCAGCUGGCAACCGGCCUUUAAUCGGCUCGAAUUAAGCUGAAGUUUGAGGUAAACCUCGGUGAGAAAGCAGCAAUGGUGUCCGAUAUGGAGGUCCAUAGUGGUUCGGAAGGGGCUGAGCAGACCUCACCGGACCUUUUAAAGAAUACGCCUUCUAAUAUUAGGAGAUUGGUUAGCGUGAUCGAACAGUACGAGGGCAGGCACAAGUAUCUUGCCCACACUAGGAGCCCCUCGGAUGGCGGCGAUGUUCGGUGGUACUUUUGCAGGGUUCCUUUGGGAAUCAAUGAGUUAGCUGCAUCCAUUCCCCAAACAGAAAUAGUUGGGAAAGGUGAUUAUUUUAGAUUUGGCAUGAGAGAUUCGCUGGCAAUAGAGGCAUCCUUCUUGCAGAGAGAGGAGGAGUUGCUUUCAUACUGGUGGAAAGAGUAUGCAGAGUGUAGUGUUGGUCCUAUGGGUCAGCGUCUUAUCAGUUCUAAGUCAACCCAACAAUUACCUUCAGAGAUUUCUCCUCAAUUUACAAGCGAAGAAGAGAGAGUUGGCGUCCCUGUAAAGGGGGGGUUGUAUGAGGUGGAUUUGGUCAAGAGACACUGCUUUCCUGUUUACUGGAAUGGAGAGGAUCGAAGGGUGUUGAGAGGUCAUUGGUUUGCUCGUAAAGGUGGUCUUAAUUGGUUACCACUGCGGGAAGAUGUUUCUGAGCAAUUAGAAUAUGCAUACCGCAGUCAGGUUUGGCAUCGACGAACCUUUCAGCCAUCGGGUCUCUUUGCUGCUCGAAUUGAUUUACAAGGCUCAACUCCAGGCCUGCAUGCCCUUUUUACAGGGGAAGAUGAUACAUGGGAGGCUUGGCUAAGUGCUGAUGCUACUGGGUUUUCUAAUAUUAUUGGUUUUGGAAUGAAUGGCAUUAAGCUUAGACGUGGAUAUGCUCCAUCUGAAUCACCAAAACCAACACAGGAUGAACUAUGGCAGCAGAAGGAGGAGGAAAUGGACGAUUACUGUUCACAGGUUCCAGUUCAGCAUUUAGUAUUCAUGGUUCAUGGUAUUGGUCAAAGACUGGAGAAGUCUAAUUUGGUGGAUGAUGUUGGAAAUUUUCGCCAUGUAACAGCGGGCCUUUCAGAAAGGCAUCUGACCUCACACCAGCGUGGCACUCAGAGAAUUCUUUACAUUCCUUGCCAGUGGCGUAAGGGCUUGACACUUAGUGGUGAGGCUACAAUUGAAAAGAUCACAUUAGAUGGUGUCCGAGGGCUUCGUAGAACAUUGGGCGCAACAGUUCAUGAUGUCUUAUAUUACAUGAGCCCUAUCUAUUGUCAGGAUAUCAUUGAUUCGGUAUCUAGCCAACUUAACAGAUUAUAUUCGAAGUUUCUCAAGAGGAAUCCUGGCUAUGUUGGAAAGGUUUCCAUAUAUGGUCAUUCAUUGGGAAGUGUUCUAUCUUAUGAUAUUCUUUGUCAUCAAGAGAAUCUAUAUUCACCAUUUCCAAUGGAGUGGAUGUAUAAAGAACGUGAAAAAAGUGAGUCACCCAGUUCUAUUGGGAGUGAUUCAUCUGCUAGCUGCAAUCGCAACACAAAUUUUGGAGAUGGGAGAUCUGAGAAUGUUGGUGAAGAGAGCGUAGCAAGUCACGAGGAUAAUCUUGACCUAGAUGAAGAACAUGUGGAGGCUGCUUGUAAUCAGUUAGGUCCUCCAGCAUCGUCAGAAUCCGAUGAAUCCACCACUAUUGAUCAUCACCAGACAAGUGAUCCCUCUUCAUCUCUUGAUCAUCCCAAUGAACCUUCUUUCAGCAAUUUGGAUAAAACAGAGUUCUAUAAAACUGAUAUUAUGGUUGACCGGGGUGGCACAAAAAGUGAAGCUGUGCCAUGUGACGAAGGAAAUCAGGAAAAAGACAUUUCUGACAGCAAAGAUGAUAUGAUUGAAACGUUGAAUGAUGAGAUCAAGAUGCUAAAGGAAAAAAUCAUACAAUUGGAAGCUGAAUGCUCCAAUAGAGAGACAGAAAACAAGAAUACAAUGGAAGCGAAUCAACCUGGACAUAAGGAUUCACUGAACCGUUACACCCUGCAAAUAAGAUACACAAAAUUAGAUUUCAAGGUUGAUACAUUCUUUUGUGUGGGGUCUCCUCUUGGACUGUUUCUCUCCCUACGGAAUGUUCGGCUUGGAAUUGGCAAAGGCAAAGACUAUUGGGAAGAAGAAAAUAUACACGAAGAGAUGCCAGCAUGUAGGCAGAUGUUCAAUAUCUUCCACCCUUUUGAUCCCGUAGCAUAUAGAGUGGAGCCACUUAUCUGUAAAGAAACUGUACAAAAUCGUCCUGUUAUUGUUCCUUACCAUAGAGGCGGGAAGCGGCUCUACGUCGAGUUUCAGGAAUUUAGAGAAGGUCUAACUGCACGUUCUCAAGCUUUUGCAAAUCACUUGAACACCAUGAGGGUUAAAGUGCUCGCAAUUUGUGAAUCACGAAGGAAUGAUGACCGAGAUGAGGAGUAUGAAAAUUCCCAAGAAAAAGAGCAGAGAUCAUAUGGAUCAGUUAUGAUGGAGAGACUAACGGGCAGUCCGGAUGGCCGAAUAGAUCAUGUGUUACAAGACAAAACAUUUCGCCAUCCCUACCUAUCCGCCCUCUCAUCACACACAAACUACUGGAGAGAUCCCGACACAGCUCUGUUCAUACUGAAGCACCUGUACCGGGACAUCCCGGAUUACCCGGAAUCACCUAAACCCGAACAAGAGGGCAGCUCGGAAGACGCCAACAGAUGGUCCGAUCCUAGGGAGGCCAUCGAGGAAGAACAACCGUUGACCUUUUCCGACAAAGUGUCGGUGAGAAACUUAAUCUACAGAGGCAAGAAAAGCAGCAGGAGCUGAUCUUAACUACAUUUCUGAUCAAAGGAAGGCUUUUUUUUUGCUCAGCAUUUUGAUCAAAGUGAAAGAUGUAUAUAAUAAAUACAUAUACUUGUGUAGAUAGAUAUCUAUGUAUGUGUAUAUUAUAUAGUGUAUAGGAGAAUUGGGUUCUUUUUAUUA